AUGAGUCUGGAAGCCAUUUAUAAAUCGCUUGCAAAGGAAGUGGAAAAGAUGCAAGAGGUGGAAUCUAAUAUUCAGAAAAGACUCCAAGCCUACCAGCAGUUGGUUGGUCAGCUGUCGGAAAAUGAAAAUGUCAACGAGGACCUGGAGGUAUUGACUGAAGAUAAUAAGGUCUACAAACUCAUCGGACCUGUUCUUGUCGAACAAUCUCUGUCAGAUGCUCGUGAUACCAUUAAAAAGCGUCUUAAGUUCAUUCAGGAUGAAAUGAAACGCAAUGAUGAGAUGAUUAAGUCUCUGGAGAAGGAGCGAGAUUCACAUCGGGAACAAAUUCUAAAACUACAACAACGCUUCCAACAAGAGCAGACCAAGGCGGCUCUCAAGGCAUAA